AAACGGAGCUAAUCCUCCUCCUGCGAGCCCCACACCGUCUCCUCCGCGCUCAUCUCCCGUGUAGCAGCCAGCGACGCAUCUCCGGCGAGCUGCAGCUCCGAAGGUGGUAUCCAUCUCUCCUCCCCUCCCCCCUUCGGCGGGAGCAGCGGGGUCUCCGGGUUCUCUAGCUGCGGUCACCGUCGGCAGUUCCCCUCCGGCUUCGCCCCUCACCCACGAUCCGACCGCAUCACCCGGUGGCGUCGCGGUGAAGGUUCCGCAAUCUUCUGGGGACCUAGGGAGUGAGACGCCAUGGUGGCGGUGGAUCUGAUCGCGUCCUGCCAAGACUCCAUCGGCCAGAUUGGGGAUGAGAUUGCGGAUGCACUAGUGUACCUAGAUGCAGGCACUCUGGAGGCGUUCCAGUUUAUAGGAGCAUUCCCUCUGCUUCUCGAGCUCGGCGCUCGUGCGGUCUGCAGCUUGGAAAGCACGUCUCCUCUUGAUGCUGUUGCUGAGUGGAAUUCAAGUUUUGCUCAUCCAGCAAGGAAGAUUGUCGUGAUUACAUCACGCCUUCUUAGUGAUGCACAUCGGUAUAUUAUACGCUGCUUGGGCAACCAUGGAACUGUUUCACAUUGUACUGUAUUGACAGCAAUUUCCGAGAUUGGUCACUCAGCGUACGUUGGUUCCCCACUUGGACCAGAUGCUUUCCGGGAGUAUGAGACAUUACUCAUUCAGGACCAUGAGGAGCUUCUAAAGAAGUGUGGGAAGUUGAACAAGGAUAAAGAUAACAUUUCAUACACAGAAAGAGAUUUCACCUCAGAUGGUGAUACUAAGUGGGGUUCUGGGGUGCACUAUGGCCCUUCUGAAUCUAGCCCGAGGAAAAAGGAUUUUUCUGAUGAUGACUUAGGUCAGGUUGAAGCAAGAGGAAAGAGGUUGUCUGUAACCGUUUGUCACUUUCCGAUGAUUUUCUCUCCUAUUUCCUCAAGGACUUUUGUUUUACCUUCGGAAGGUAUAAUUGCUGAAUCAUAUCUGUCAAAUCACCGUGAGGAUUCCCUUAGCCCUGGUCUACCCUCCAUAUCUACUGGUAAACCUUUUGAUGGCGAUGAGGUGCCCCCAGGACUAACCUUGACUGCUCAAUUCUUGUACCAUUUGGCCAAUAAGAUGGACCUAAAGCUUGAUAUAUUUUCACUUGGUGAUACAUCAAGGGCCAUUGGGAAGCUGAUGAUGGAUAUGUCAAGUCUAUAUGACGUUGGUCGUAAUAAGAGUUCUGCUGGUCUACUGAUUGUAGAUCGUACAAUUGAUCUCCUAACUCCUUGCCUUCAUGGCGAAUCAUUUCUUGAUAGGAUGCUGUCAUCGUUGCCACGCAAGGAAAGGACUUCAUCCUGUUAUGCGGCGAAAAAUCCUCAAACUCCCAGCGAGCAUUCCCAAGCUACUGUAAAACGUUCCCCACUAGAUAUAAAGGUCCCUUUUGAAUCAGCCUUUGGCAAGGAAGAAACUAAGAGCAGAACCAGUAUGCUGUCUGAAAGUAUGAUGGCAUUUGUGUCUGGCUGGAACUCUGCUGAGGUUGACUCCGAAGUUACCUGGCUACCUGAUUACUCCGACGAAGCACAUGAUGGCAAAGUAGGCACUCUAAGUGGCUCUUUCCUAUCCAACUAUGCUGGAGUGCGCUACUUAGAAGCAUUACUAGACACAGGAGCAAAAGAUGGGUUGGUGUUGAUUAAGAAAUUGCUUAUGGAGGCUUUACAGCUUGAGAAGCUGUCCUCUCCAUCUAAAGGUCGACAGACGGCUUCUAUUUCAGAGCUCCGUUCUAUGGUGCAAAUGCUCUGUCAACACGAGCUGUCCUUGGUAAGAAACAGAGGGAUUAUUCAGUUGGCACUGGCUGCUGAAAUGGCUCUCCAGGAACCUCAAAGUACUCGCUGGGAGGCCUUUACAAGUGCUGAGAGAAUAUUAAGUGUAACAUCAGCCGAGACAACUCAAAGUCUUGCCAGCGAGAUUCGUGAUUUCAUCAACACUAGCACUUCAGUGGAAUCUCACAAACAAGGUAAUACCAUGGGGUCUACGCAAGGCCUUCUGACUUUCCAGGACAUAUUACUUCUAACGAUUGUUGGGUAUAUCUUGGCCGGCGAAAACUUUCCUACAUCGAUAGCUGGUGGUCCAUUCUCUUGGGAAGAUGAACGGUCACUGAAAGAUGUUGUGGUGGACUCUAUCCUUGAGAGGCCAUCAUCUGUGAAGUUCCGGUUCCUUGAUGGUUUGGAGAAGGAACUUGAAGCUAAAGGUAGAUCUAAAGAUGGUGAUAGAAAUAAGGACUCUAGUGAGCCUACUUCUACCACUACCGAUGAUUUUGAUGACCAGUGGGAUAACUGGGACGAUGAUGAUGAUGCUGAUCAUCAAAAAGAGGAAGCUUAUGGGGACAUGCAACUUAAGUUGGAAGUACGGGAUAGGGUAGAUCAACUCUUUAAAUUCUUUCAUAGCUUGUCCAGUAUGAGAUUACAUAAUCAAGCUCUUGGAGAAGGGUUGGCAGCACUGAGUCGGUUUGAGACUGAUAGCUACUCAAGAAAAGGCUUGCUUUAUAAGUUGAUAUUAGCUGUGUUAACGAGAUUUGACAUACCUGGCCUUGAAUAUCAUUCAUCAGCUGUUGGCCGUUUAUUUAAAAGCGGAUUGGGUAGGUUUGGCCUUGGACAGUCCAAACCAAAUUUUGGCGAUCAAAGUUUUCUCAUCGUUUUUGUUGUGGGAGGUAUCAAUACUCUUGAGGUCCGGGAAGUCAUGAAGGCAAUCUCAGAGAGCGGCAGACCUGAUGUGGAGCUCAUUCUUGGUGGUACAACCCUUCUCACCCCAGAUGACAUGUUUGAGUUAAUGUUGGGCUCAUCCAGCUUUACUUAGACAUUAAUUAGACAUAGAUUUAAUUCUUGCUUAUCGGUACAGUAGCAAUCAUGUAAAUUUAAUCUGUACAUGUUUUUGCUUCUGCGAUGGAAUUUUUGAAUAUUUACUGGCUUAGAGAAUUGUUAAGUCACAAUGUUGUAAACUCAUAUAAUUUCCACCCUCAUUGCUCAGGAGGUUGUAUCAGAAUAUAAGAUCCAGCCCCCGGCUUCGACCCAGUAUUUAGGCUGUACCUUUGGACUA